AUGGGACCUUUGGAGAAACUACGAUGCCUUUUUUCCUUAGUCCUGUUUGUUACACCCUUUUCUUCAACCAUUAAAGUUGCUUCUGCUUCUGCUUCUGCUGAAGAAGCUAAUGCUCUCCUCACAUGGAAAACCAGCCUGCGAAGUGCAAACGAUUCCCUACUAACUUCAUGUGUCCUUCCACCCCAUGAUAAUGGCUCAACAAAUGCCAGUCCCUGCAAUUGGUUUGGAGUUUCUUGCAACCUUGAUGGAAGCGUCAUUAGAUUGAACCUCACAAGUUCAAGUAUAAAUGGUACGCUCGACAACUUUUCAUUUUUAUUGUUUCCCAAUCUUGCAUAUAUCGAGCUCAGCAUCAAUAAAUUCUUUGGUGUCAUCCCACCUCUAAUUGGUUCCCUCUUCAAACUCAUCUAUCUUGAUUUGUCCACCAACCACUUCUCAGGAAUCAUCCCACUAGAAAUCGGCCUGCUAACAAAUCUUGAAACUCUCCACUUGUUCAAUAAUCAGUUGAAUGGCUCAAUUCCUCAAGAGAUAGGCCAGUUAAAGUCUAUAAUUGAGCUUGCUUUGUACACCAACAGUCUUUCCGGUCCCAUUCCUACUUCUUUAACCAAAUUGAGAAACUUGACUUGUCUAUACCUCUAUGGAAAUCAUCUUUCUAGUUCCAUUCCUCCAGAAAUGGGAAACCUAGUCAAUCUUGUUGAGCUCUACAUGGAUGGCAACAAUCUCACAGGUUCUAUUCCUUCCACAUUGGGAAACUUGAAUAACCUAACUGUGUUGAGCUUGUUCAAAAAUUCCCUAUCUGGUUCCAUUCCCCAAGAGAUAGGACAGUUGAAAUCACUACAGAGCCUAACCUUUCAGACCGACAAUCUUACUGGCUCAAUCCCAACAUCUGUAGGUAAUUUAAGCUCUCUAGCCCAACUACACCUUUGGAAUAAUCAACUCUCUGGUCCAAUUCCUAAGGAAUUAGGGAACUUGAAGUCCCUCAUUUAUCUGGAUUUGAGUUCGAAUCAACUUAGUGGUCCCAUUCCAGCUUCUUUAGGUGAUUUGACCAAUUUAGACAUUCUAAACCUCCGUUCCAACCGACUAUCCAACCGCAUUCCACAAGAAUUUCGCAAUUUGAAAAAAUUGGUUGAGCUAGUAAUGGAUGAAAAUCAAUUUUCUGGGAAUCUCCCAGAGCUUUGCCAAGGUGGUAAACUUCAAUACUUUGCAGUGCACCACAAUCAGCUCACAGGUACAAUCCCCAAAGUCUGAGAAACUGCUCAAGCUUAGCCACAGCCCGCUUUGAGGGAAACCAACUCACUGGAAAUAUAUUUGAAGAUUUUGGCACUAAUCCAAACCUGGUCUACCUAGAUCUGAGUAACAAUAAUUUUUAUGGCAAAUUCUUAGAAAAUUGGGGAAUAUUUCCAAAUUUGACACUCCUAAAAAUAGCAAGAAAUAGCAUCACUGGUAGCAUUCCACCAGGGUUUGGAAAGUCAACACGCCUAAAACGACUUGAUUUAUCUUCAAAUCGUUUAGUUGGGGAGAUCUCAAAGGAAUUUGGAAAGUUGACUUCUUUGGAGUGGCUGAUUUUGGCUGAUAAUCAGCUUUCGGGUUGGAUACCUCAAGAACUCAGAUCACUAACUAAGUUGUCGAAACUUGAUCUAUCCACAAACAAAUUUAGUAGGCCAAUACCAGGUAUUUUGGAGAAUUAUCGAAAUCUAUUUUACUUGAACCUGAGCAACAAUAUGUUAAACCAGAAAAUCCCAUUACAGAUUGGUAAGCUAUUUCA